CAAAUAUGAGUGACCAUGGCCUGUGACACAGCAUCAGGAGGUCCUGAGAACAUGUGUCCAAGGUGUUUGGACUAUAGUUUUCUUUUAUACGUUUUAGGAAGACAGAAGAUACAAGCAAAAACAUCAGUCAAUACAUGUAAGGUAUACAUUGAUUUGACCUGGAAAGCCGGUACAUUUUGGAGGAGGAGGGGUUUGGCCAGUGGUGGCAGGAGGGAGGUUGUGGAAGCCAGGGUUCUUGUUACAUAUGUGAAGCCUGUAAUAUGCUUCAGAAAGAAUAGAUGGCAUAUGUACCUCAAAAGGUAAAUGACCUUAAACGGUGUCAGACUCUUAGUUAAAUCUCUCCCGGAUCAGAGAAAGACCUGGAAAGGGAAGGAGAUUGUCCACAGAACACAAAUUUCCCUCGCAAAAGAUAGCUUUGCACAGGACCAUUCCAAAAUAUGUCAGAAAUAUAUUUUGGGGUAAAAUACUUUGAUCGCCCUUAGGGUUGCUACCUGCCAUGUGAUGCUAUACCAGAAUCAGGUUGGAAUUUGUUUGUUUUGAGACAGGUUCUCACUUUGUUGCUCAGAUUGGAGUACAGUGGCUGUGAUCAUGGCUCACUGCAGCCUUGAUCUCCUUGAUGUGGGAGGCUCAAGUGAUCCUCCCACAUCAGCCUCCCAAAUAGCUGGGGCUACAGGCGGCCACCACCACACUGGGCUAAAUUUUUUUAAAGUAGAGACAAGUUCUCCCCAUGUUGCCCAGGCUGGUCUCUAACUCCUGGCCUCAACCUCCUUAUUCUCUAGGAUUACAGGCGCCAGGCUAGACCUCACAGGUCUUUAGACUUCUACGCACCAGGUACCUAGUAGGGGGAGGGAUUAUAGUGGCGGAAGAGCAGUACCAGCGGCCCACACCACACACCCUGGCCUCAGCUGGCUGGGGCACACAAAACCAGGUGCUACCGUCAACGACUAGGCCCAUAGGGUACUGCUGUCAAAACCUGCUGCCAACAACUUCCACACGCUCCCCGAAACGCUCGGUAGGCGGUGGUGCGCAGCUUUCAAUGCAUCCGCCGCCAGGCGCUCACAGGCAAGGGAGAAAGAAGCCAGACGGAGCUCGGAGAUGUGGAGGGCAGACGCAGGCGCAUUUGGAAAAGGGACUGGCGGUGGGAGGCGCAGAGGGAAAAAGGAACGACACAAUCGGGCUUCCUAGCCGCUGGCGGACCCGAUGGGGCGUCCUGCGAGGGUUCGGCGAGGGUUCUGCCAGGAUAGUAGCAGUGCGCCCAAGGAGUGAGAGGCACCCGGGGCUACUGGAGCCAGACCCUUAACCCGCCCUAGUGGGAGGCGAGGAACAACGAAAGUCUCGUAUUCCCAUUUCUCUAACGGCUAAUGACAUUAAAGGUUUUCAUAUGGUUAUUUGCCAUCUGCAUAUCUUCAGUGAAAUGUCUGUUUAUGUCUUCUGACUAUUUUCUAAUUGGAUUUUUAAAAAUAAUUGAUUUUUGAGUUAUUUACAUAUUCUAGAUACUGGUUGUAUGCCAGAUAUAUGGCUUGUAAAUAUUUUCUCCUAGGUAAACCUUUUCAGUAUCGUUACAGGGUCUUUCACAAAGCAAAAGUUUUAAAUUUAUGGGGUCUAAUUCAUCAACAUUUCUUUUUACCGGUCUUGCCACUAAUGUCAAUUUAAGAACCUUUUGCCUAGCCUUAGACAAUAGUUUGUUGUUUUUUAAAACCGUUUUGUAAUUUUACUCGUCACAGUUAUAUCUAGCCACUUAAUUUUUAUGUAAGGGUUUUUUUUUUGGCGGGGGGGGAAUCUAUAGAUGUCCUAUCUUUUCAGUAUCAUUUGUGGAAAAGAUUAUCUGUCCUGCAUUAAACUGCUUUUGGACUUUCGUCAAAAAUCAGUUGGACCCGUUUUUGUUGGCAAAGUUUUGCCUGAAGCUUAUUCCAACAGGUGAGAAAAAGUCCACAGUUUAACAGUUCCUCCCCAACCUGUAACCCCGCCUUGAACUUCUGGACUAGCCCCUCGAUUGUUGUAGAUGCCAAGCGGACCUCGCGCCGCUCUGCGUUGGGCCAGCCCCUCACGGCUGGUUUCUUACCACGCAUCACGCAAGCGGAAUCUAUGCCUGUUACCCACACUCCCUGCGCCCCCGCACCCCGCUCCUGUGCGCAAGUCGGAAUAUAAAACCGCGGAGAAGUGAGCUCUCGGGGUGUCCAGUUGGUUGCCGCAGCAGUCUCUGCAAGCAGCGCAUUUGUCUUCCAGGCUGCUUGGUUCGUGCCUCCGAGAAAGGGGUCUCCUGCUGCCGGCUAAGUGUGGGAGAACUUGUGCACGUAUCUCCCCUCCGAAUCCCAACGAUGGGUAACGCCAGCUUUGGCUCCAAGGAACAGAAGCUGCUGAAGCGGUUGCGGCUUCUGCCCGCCCUGCUUAUCCUCCGCGCCUUCAAGCCCCACAGGAAGAUCAGAGAUUACCGCGUCGUGGUAGUCGGCACCGCUGGUGUGGGGAAAAGUACGCUGCUGCACAAGUGGGCGAGCGGCAACUUCCGUCAUGAGUACCUGCCGACCAUUGAAAAUACCUACUGCCAGUUGCUGGGCUGCAGCCACGGUGUGCUUUCCCUGCACAUCACCGACAGCAAGAGUGGCGACGGCAACCGCGCUCUGCAGCGCCACGUUAUAGCCCGGGGCCACGCCUUCGUCCUGGUCUACUCAGUCACCAAGAAGGAAACCCUGGAAGAGCUGAAGGCCUUCUAUGAGCUGAUCUGCAAGAUCAAAGGUAACAACCUGCAUAAGUUCCCCAUCGUGCUGGUGGGCAAUAAAAGUGAUGACACCCACCGGGAGGUGGCCCUGAAUGAUGGUGCCACCUGUGCGAUGGAGUGGAAUUGCGCCUUCAUGGAGAUCUCAGCCAAGACCGAUGUGAAUGUGCAGGAGCUGUUCCACAUGCUGCUGAAUUACAAGAAAAAGCCCACCACCGGCCUCCAGGAGCCCGAGAAGGAAUCCCAGAUGCCCAACACCACUGAGAAGCUGCUUGACAAGUGCAUAAUUAUGUGAGCCCUGGGCCUUAAGAGCCAGCUCUUCCUAUCCUGUAGCGUGUAGAAAACGUGGACUCAUUUCACUAUGUUACAUGUACAUGGUUGAUUUUGUGCUGUUGUUUGGACUGUAACAUCCAUAUUGUCAAUACAUAUACCUUGUAAGUGGAUAACUUUUCUUUUUCCCAGGCCAGAGAAUUCAAAUUGUUAAAACAUUGGCAUUUGAAGAGGAGAACAAAAAGUAGCAUGAUGUAUUUAAAGUAAGGCCUUUAGUAAUGAAUGUAAUGAGAGAAAAUGUUUUGAAAAGAACAAAACAUCAACAUGAAUAGAAAGAAAAAUUGGAAGGCGUCCUUUUGGUAACCCUAUUAUUGUGUAUUACCUUUAAACAUUUCACAUCCUGUAAGUGUUUAAUCAUAUAUUUUAAUUGUGUAUUUAAUUAAGAAAAGUGUUUUCACAACAAAAGCUUUUGAUAAAUUGCUGCGUGACAUAUACUAAAUAAAAAAAUGAAUAUGUUAUAGUUGAUCAUUAGGGGUGUGGGAGCAGAGAACAUUGUGAAAGUGAAACUCUCUCACUAAAGAUGUUAGUAGUUUCCCAUGUCAUUUAAAAAUGUUUGAGUAUUCUGCAUAGCAGUUUGUAAAAGUGUAACAGCUUCUUGACUUAAUAAAGCUUUUCCUGCAUGCAA